AUGAGUGCGCAGAAGACCUCGGCCAUCGCUGACCAGGAGCCCGUUGACGUUCUCUUCGCCAUUCACGAAAAGUUCGAUCUUCUGGACUUUGCCGGCGCGCUCGAGGUCUUUACUACUGCUUCACACGAUUUCAAGGACCCCGACAACAACAAGGCCUUCGAGGUCACCAUCGUCGGUCCUGAGCCCAAGGUCAUCUCCGACCAGGGCGUUGUCGUUGGCUCCCAGAUUUCCUACAAGGAGGCUCACGAGCGCCUUGAGGACUUUGACAUCCUCGUCGUCGUCGGCGGCAACUCCAAGGAGAUCGUCGCUAAAGAGCUCCAACCCCUCUCUCUCAUCACCGACUUCUCGGAGCUUCAGAAGCGUGACCCUGCCCGCGAGCGUACCAUUCUCUCUAUCUGCACAGGUGCCCUCUUCCUUGGCAAGCAGGGUAUCCUCUCUGGCCUGUCUGCCACUACCCACCCCGACUUUCUCACCACCUUUGAGAACAUCUGCAGCGAUGCUGCGACUGUGAACCUUCAAGAACGCACCGAUGUGGUUGAGGACGCUCGCUACGUCGUCAACAACCUUCGAUUCGAUCUUGGCGAAGACGAGAGCCCAUACAUCCGCCGCAAGUCUGAUGCUGGUCAGGGACGUCGCCCUUCGGCAGCCCGAAAGGGAAGCAUGUCGUUCAAGGAUUCCAACACCCGCCGUGAAUCCAUUGUACGCCGCGCAGCUAUGCGACUUGGUGGGCUCCGGGUGGUCACAUCCGGAGGUGUCAGCUCUGGCAUUGAUGCAGCCCUGUAUCUUGUCAGCGCUAUGAUUGAUGACUUUACUGCGUUGGAGGUGGCCAGGAGACUUCAGUGGACCUGGAACAAGGGCGUUGUCGUCGACGGUCUCGACGUCUAA